AAUUCAACACACGUUGUGUUGAAUUAUCCAUUGUUUGUGUUAAAAUUACACAAAUAUUUCACAGGAGUCACUAACACAUCAUGUGUUAAAUAAUUGUUCAAUUGAGUUGCGCGCUGCAACUGCUUUGCGUCACAAACACGACUCCACACUCCAGUCCAGCAGGUGGCGGUACUGCGCCAAUAAGCUGGUUUGUCAACUGCCACUCGACAGAAGAAGUUGAUGUACGUUCGUUCCUAUGACUGACAGUGAAUUGCUGAGUCAAGGAAAAACGAAGACGGCUAACGCAUUCAAAUGGAAGGGAGUGAGGCUCCCAAGACAUUAACAACAGUGUUCCUAGAUGGGACAGAGAUAUGCAAGAAGAUGCUUCAACUACCCUCUAUUGCAGACAUUCUUGAUGCCUGCAAAAGUUCAUUAACUUGCAAUGCAGAAUGUGAUAGACUUCUAAAAUUUAACACAGAUUUUAAUGAAUACAUUGACACGGACAUCAAUGGCAAUGUCGGAAACUUAGACAAAUAUCACAUUUUGUUCAAACAGAACAGAAUUUGGAUAAAAGCUUAAUAACAGUCUUCCCAUCACUGAAGAUCAAGAUCCAAGAAGAGAAUGAAGGAUUUGAGCACUUUUAUGACCCGGUGUCUCAUUGUGGGUUCAUCGAAAUGAAACUGAGAAACCUACGGAGAACCCUCCAUGAUGAUCAGCGACUGUAUCGCAAGCGUGGCAGGUCUAGUAAUCCCUCUGGAGUUAGUAUAACACUGGAAGUGAUUGCAGAUGGGGAAGAAGAGUCCAUCAAGGAGUGGAUAACCUCUACCAAAAGGAUGAGACCAUCUCCUGAGAACAUUGCAUCUAUCAAAAUGGGCAUGGAGAAAACCUACACCAACCGAAGACUCUGGAUUACAAGCAAAUCGCCAACCGUGGCUGAGGUUUUCCAGCAGUACCCUCGCUUUGUGGACAUGCCAUACUUGUUGGAUGCAGAGUUUGGAAAAAUGUUCCCCGGGAAGGAAGACCUCUUCCUUCGGAAAUGGGAAGGACAUAUUGUUCCAAAACUACUUAAAGUGGCUACACUUGAAAAUGACCCCCAUGUCUUGCCAGCUGGUGAGGAGAGUGAUGAGUUCCUUUGCUUCAGAGCCCUUCAGAUGCUCACACACUAUUUGCCUCCUACUGCAUCGGGGAGGGCUAAAGGAUGGGCCAAAUGCAGUGUGAAAUCGGCCCUUUCGUACAUCUUGGACAUAAAACCGACUGGAACAAGCAUACCAAGCCUUCUAGAGGGAUCUCCUGAGGAAGCAGUGGGAGUCCACCAGCCCAAGCUGGUGUGUUUAGGGCACCCAGGACAGUUGCUCAGUACGUCAUCAUUGCAAAGAACGACAAUGUCGCCAUCCGCCUUCAAGACGAAGGAUGGGAAAGGAUGCUCACCCAGAUACCUCUGCCCAAAGGGAGACUGUCGCCAAGGAGGGGUGUCGGACCACAAUUACCUCCUGUGUCCUAAACCACUGACUCCAAAGAAGGACAGCAGUAGUAAGGAGCAGAGCACCAUAACAUCUGGAGGAAAGAAACUUGGACUAACCAACAAACAAGGGGAGUUUCUGGCAGAGCUUACUCCAGAACAAAGGGAGAAAUACAAGAAUGCGUUCUUAAAUAGAAUAUCAUCAACUGCAUGCGCCAAGGCUGGAGAGGGACUGCAAGAACAUCCAGUGGUGAUGAUGCUGAUGGAAGUGACACAAACUCUGGUUGCCUUGUUGGCUCCCUAA